AUGAAACGGUGGAAGGUAAUCUCCACCAAUGUGUCUAUUGGCGUCUUCUUUCUCUUAGGAGGAAUUGAAUAUGCUGUAAUUAUACCAACCUUAUUCAACUUUGUUGUCAAUCGAUUUGGUGGUAGCAAUUGGAUGUAUGGCAUGAUAUUGUCGGCAUUCAGCUUCGCUCAACUCUUUUCUAACCCGUUAAUGGGCUAUUUAUGCGACCGCUCCAAAAAUGCUAAAUGGGUAGUCAUCUUUGGCAAUCUAUUCGAACUAGGAGGAAAUUUUUUAUAUUUUGCCGCACCAUCACAAUAUUGGCUGCUUGGGGCUAGAUUAUUAUGUGGCUUUGGUGCUGGAGCUGGUUCGGCUAUACUCGCCCAGAUUGCCAGAACGAGUACAGUUGCUGAAAGAACCAAAGUCUUUUCACUUGCUAUGAUGGCCAGACAGUGUGGAAUGUUGUUAGGACCUGCAUUUAAUGUAUUCCUAAAGGGUCUUCAUUUUAAGAUUGGACCUUUUCAAGUUGAUGCUUUUACGUCUCCAGGAAUUUUCAUGGCAUGUUUAUUCCUGCUUGAUGAAUUGAUGAUAUUAUUCUUGUACUUCGAUCAACCACCACUUUCUAAACGUGAAAGAGACGGCAAUCAAACUAGUGAAAGUACUGAAAAAUCUCCAAUAAUAAAGUCUGGGCGUAUGAAUAAUUACGGAACUGGGCUUGAUGAAGAAUCUCAACAUACAGAUCCGACUGUUGGUAUCAAUGCUAGUUGUUCUAUUAAUGCAUCUUCAGAUGAUGAAGAAAUUCGAAUUAAAAAGCCGAAGAAGAAAGGAUUUUUAGUUGGCAUUUUGCGAGAGGAGCUAAUUGUGUUAUUAACAGCACAAUUUGUAGUUUUCUUCAAUCAAACCUCUUUUGAAACACUAGUGAUCCCAUUAACAGAAGAACUACUUGGUUGGGGUGAAUUAGCAAAUAGCAUCAUGUACGGUGUUGUAGGCUUGCUGGCCAUCAUCGUGUUCUUACUUAUUACGAUAAUUAGCAAGAAAAUAGAAGAUAGAUGGCUUAUGGUAAUUGGGAUUGUAGCGCAAACUUUCUCCCUUGUUUGGGACAUUGGAUUUUUUGGCCAAGCAACGCGACAUACACCAACCAAUUUAAUGGCCUUUAUCAUCAGUACAUUUUUCAUAGUUAGCGGUGUUCCUUUCUUUAUCGUUUCAUCAUCUUCCUUAUUUUCAAAAUUAACAGAUGAAGAAACACAAGGGCUAACCCAAGGUUUCCGACGUGCAAUCGCCAGUGUUGCAACGAUCUUUGGUCCGUUGUAUGCGGGUGGUCUUAUCCAUAAUCUUUAUGCAACGUUUGGUGUCAUGGCCGGCUUAGUUGUGUUUUUAGCUAUCAUUUUGUUCAUGUCUUUUAAAACCUUACGUGAGCCGUCCAAGCAACGUAGAAAAACAGCAGAAUUAAACGAAGAUUCUCAAUAA